AUGCUGGUCACUAACAAACAGUUGAGUCUUGGCCGCUCCCACAGCUGGGACACAUUAGGGGGGAAUGAGGGUCAGUGGGACAGGGCUGAGAGUGUCUACGAGCAGCAGGCAAGAGUAGCGGGCCGGCGGAGCUCUCUGUCAUACGGAGAGGGAGGAGGGUGGUACGAGCCUCCACCAGGGGUGCGUCCUCCUGACCUGGAUUUGAAACGUGACCUGUAUUCCUACCAAGACUCUCUCUACGGACAGGUUUACGCAGAGCGACACGACCCGCGGGGGCUGAGGAAGGGCUCUGUGCCGGAUCUAAACCACUACGAAAGAUCGCCCAUGGCUCACCGAGGAUCCAUUCCACAUCAGGAUUACUACUCCCAUGACCCAGCCAUGACUCCGCGACCACCUGAGGGCUUUUACCGGCCAGAACACCAGCCUCCGCCGCCUCAUCCACUCAGUAGGUCAGGCUCUCAUUUUGGGAUGGCACCUGGGGCUCGUGCUGCAUGGGAUCAAGGUCAGGGAGGGAGAGCCGGACCUCAAGCCCCUUCAUCACCUCUACCUCCUCCUCCCCCUCCUCCCACCGCUCAUGAGUUGAAUCGGGCUUAUAGGGAACCUGGUGCUGUAACUGCUGCCAAGAUGAUGCCAGAUGGCCAACAGCGCAUACCCUCCCGAGACCCAUCUCCUGCUCACUAUGGUAUGGAGCACAUGUCUCCUCGGUAUGCCAGUGAGCCUCCACCUCUGACUGGUCAGUCAGUUUAUACUGAUGCUAAUGGGCGCCCAUUAGAUCCACAGCAGCAGGCUGCUACCUGUCUAGUAGUAGAUCCUGCCAGUCAGGGUAUGAUCAUGAGGCAAGAAACAGCGUCACCCUAUACCCUCCCACAACAGCAGCAAUUACAACAGCAACAAAUUCAACAGCAGCAGCAAUUACAACAGCAACAAAUUCAACAGCAGCAGCAACUUCAGCAGCAACAAUUACAACAGCAACAACUUCAGCAGCAGCACAUACAACAGCAUCAGUUACAGCAACAGCAACUUCAGCAACAACAGAUACAGCAGCAACAACUUCAGCAGCAACAAUUACAACAGCAACAGCUUCAGCAACAGCAGUUACAGCAACAGCAACUUCAGCAAGAGCAGUUGCAGCAGCACCUGCAACAGCAACAGUCCAUGCCACCUCCACCUACCCUGCCCAUCUCUGACCCUAACCUUUCUAUGUUGCCUCCACUUCCUGCUCCACCUGCUCCAGUGCAGACUGCAGCUGUUGCCCCAGCCGCACCUGCUGCUGUGGAGACUGUUGCAGCUCCGGCCCCUCCUCCCCAAGCCACUCCACUUCCUGCUAACGUUCCUGCUCCACCCCCCCCUGCCCCACAGACACCUUUGCCUGUGGACCCCAAGAAAACAGUUGAUCCUGAGUUCCUUGCCCUGCUGCGAAAUGAAGGCCUCUCAGAGAGCAACAUCUCCUCUCUUAUCCAGCAGGGAUUUGACUCCACUAGCAUGCUGGCUGUUAUGGAGGAGAACGAUGUCCGCACCGUCGCCCCCAACCUGGGCCAGGCUCGUGUAUUGUCUCGCUUGGUCCACAACUGCAAGCGGCCUGCUGAGGCUCCACCAGCCCCCUCCCAACCUCAGACACCCAUGCGAGGCCGCUCUAAUAGUUUUAGCCAUCGUUCAGAUAUCUACCAUCAGCAGCAUCACCACCAUCCACCGCAACCUCCACAGGCUUUGACUGUGGACCCCCAACUGAUGCCCCCAUCGGCCCCUGGGGCCAUGCAGACCAUCUCCCCAAGACUGGUAGAAGUAAUGGGUAGGCGGCCCAGCAGUGCCCCCUCUCAGCACCUCCUGGAAGCCUCUGGAGGAUACCCAGGCCAACCACCUCGCUCGCCGGGGCCAUAUACUGGAGCCAUUAUGCCUGUUCAGUCGAGACCCAUGUCAGCCUACUCUUCUGGGGUGACAAUGCCAGGGAUGCCCAUGCAGGGUAUGCAGAUAAUGCCACAGCAUAUGACUGGGUCAAUGCCUGCCAUACCAGGGUCUAUUCACUCCAUGCCAGGUCUACCACAGCAGAUGCCCGUGUCCAUGCCAGCUUUACCGCAGCCACCACAACAGGUACCGAAGGCAUACUCUACCAAUUACACAGUGCCCAUGGAGCUCAUGAAAAGGGACAGGAACUUACUACCGCUGUCACCAAUGCACAGCCCUCACCCUAGUCCUCAGCUGAUGCGUAAGAGUGUGGGACCUGCAUCAGACAAUGCCCUUAUGCCUGUGGGAGUACCCGUUCAAGGUCAAGGUGCCCUGGUUGCUAACCAGAAGCUAAGUCGACGCACAGGCCCACCAGUCAUUGUGUCCACUAUGGCAUCUCCAGAUACAAGUAUUCGGCCCCAGAUUAUGAAUGGGCCUAUGCACCCGCGCCCCCUGGUGGCGUUGCUGGAUGGGCGCGACUGCACCGUGGAGAUGCCCAUCCUCAAAGAUCUGGCCACUGUGGCUUUCUGUGAUGCCCAGUCCACACAGGAGAUACAUGAAAAGGUGCUGAAUGAGGCAGUAGGGGCCAUGAUGUACCACACCAUCACCCUGACCAGAGAGGACCUGGAGAAGUUCAAGGCGCUGCGCAUCAUCAUACGCAUCGGCAGCGGCUACGACAACAUCGACAUCAAGGCCGCCGGGGAGCUCGGCAUUGCAGUUUGUAACAUUCCCUCAGCGGCUGUAGAAGAAACAGCAGACUCAACACUUUGUCACAUCCUCAACCUGUAUCGGCGAAACACCUGGCUCUACCAGGCUCUCCGGGAGGGCACGCGGGUCCAGAGCGUGGAGCAGAUCCGGGAGGUGGCGUCAGGCGCAGCCAGGAUCAGAGGAGAAACGCUCGGCCUCAUUGGCUUUGGUCGCUCAGGCCAGGCGGUGGCAAUGCGGGCCAAGGCGUUUGGCUUCAACGUGAUCUUCUACGACCCCUACCUCCAGGACGGCUUGGAGCGCUCGCUGGGCGUUCAGCGAGUCUACACGCUCCAGGACCUGCUCUACCAGAGCGACUGCGUCUCCCUGCACUGCAACCUGAACGAACACAACCACCACCUCAUCAACGACUUCACCAUCAAGCAGAUGCGUCAAGGUGCUUUCCUGGUCAACUCGGCACGGGGAGGUCUAGUGGAUGAGAAAGCUUUGGCUCAGGCCCUGAAAGAAGGCAGGAUACGGGGAGCCGCCUUGGACGUCCAUGAGUCAGAGCCUUUCAGUUUUUCCCAGGGUCCCCUGAAAGACGCGCCCAACUUGAUCUGCACACCCCACACCGCCUGGUACAGCGAGCAGGCGUCGCUGGAGAUGAGAGAGGCCGCCGCCACAGAAAUACGCAGAGCCAUCACUGGCCGUAUUCCUGACAGCCUCCGAAACUGCGUCAACAAAGAGUUCUUUGUCACCACAGCGCCCUGGGGAGUGAUGGAGCAGCAGCAGCCUCAAGUUCACCCCGAGAUCAACGGUGCCGCCUACAGAUUCCCUCCUGGUGUGGUGGGUGUCGCCCCCGGUGGGAUUCCCGGACCUAUGGAGGGGUUGGUGCCCGGGGGUGUUCCCAUCACCCACACCCUGCCCCCUGGUACCCAUCCGUCACAGGCCACCUCCCCCAGCCAACCCUCCAAACAUGGCGACCCCAUGAGAGAGCACAUGACUGAGCCGUAGGACUGCUGCUGUAACGGAGCAGGGGGGCUAAAACCGAUGUAUACUAGAAACCGAGCAACCUACCUACUCAACCAUCCAACCGUACGCUUGACUUCAGCCAUCUGAACCUACCAGCAGACUGCCUGCCGGGCAACGUUUCACACUUUUUUCUUUUUUGUAUGAAACCAACAAGCCCAAGUGAGGACAGUGGAUGUUAAUGCACACAUGAGCUGCCACACUGAGAUGGGACUGACCGUCAAACUCAUGCGCCGAAGAUCUGAAACCUCCUCCUCCCUCCAUAUCUGUUCUUGUUCUUUAAUGAUUUAAGUGAUACUUUUGUUCUUGUCUUUUAUUUUUGAGUACAUUUUAGGGAGAUUCCUCCUGUUUUCUGGGACACAUUGACACUACCACAUGCAGGAUGGAAAUCUGACCCACCCGCCCUGGUUUGAAGGAAGAGCUUGAAAGGACAGUGACUUCAUCAAGCCGCCUUUUCCCUUCCUUCCUCCACAGUUUCACCCAUUUCAGUGUCUUGUGCUGUUUUUUUUGUUUUUUUUUUUUUUUACUCUCUUCUGUUUAUCCUAUAUUCUGUGUUUCUGUUGCAAGUGAAUGUCUGUUUUUCUGUUCUUCAGUGUGUGAAACUGAAUGGAUUUACAGUUACACGUAUGUUUUAGCAGACAGGAAAAGUCAGCUGAUGACAACAGCAGCAUCUGCUGUCUCAAUUCGAAAUCUGGACUCCGUCUUUGGUCUUCUCUAAUCGUCGUGACUGGUGGCCCCUGAAUGUAGGGACAAGAUGCGGGGCAGUAGAUGUGGUUUCCAGUUCCAGGAAGGAUAGUUCGGUUUAUGAGGUAAAAAUUAUCCUUUCAAACCAAAAAAAAAAAAAAAAAAGGGGAGAAAAGGAAAAAAAAAAAGACUGCCAUUCGUGGUCAGAUAUUAUACGUUGAGUGUGUCACCUCAGUUAAGUAGUGCCGUUGUAACUUUUACAACUCUGCUGAACUGAGGGUACCUACAAUAUUUGGUUAUUGUCACGAACAGUGUCCCAAAUGUUAUCUGUUUGCAUCCAAAGGACCUACAGUACACUGCAGGACCGGCUAGCGAGGUAGGAAAAAACAGUACAUUUCUUUCUGACUCAGGAAAAAAAUUACUAACGUUCAAAUCUGUCCAAAUCUGAACAGAAAAGAAAAAAAAGUCUGGAUUAUGGCUUUUCAUGUCUCCACCUCUU